AUUAUCUGACACUUUACGUGGAACCUUUUUUUUUUUUUUUUAAUGACGUCAACACGCACUGGCGUAGCGCGGUGACGUCGCAAACAUCCCGGAAGAGAGUGAGCAACGUUUUGUCAACGUGAGUUGUGAGAGCUUUUUCUCCUCAGUCGUUGAGUCCAACAAAGUUACCACCAGUCGGAAAAUAACAACAGCCUCCAUCACAGCACGAGAAUAAAAGGUUCACCCUCUCCCUCCAUCUAAAGCAGGGCUCUGGUCAUGGCUCUGAAUAAGUCCAUGCAUCCCCGGAACCUUUACAAAGAUAAGCCGCCGGACUUUGCUUACCUGGCCUCAAAAUACCCAGACUUCCAGGAGCACGUGCACACCAGUCUUGCUGGACGACCUGUUGUGAACUUCAAAGAGCCGCAGGCGGUGCGAGCGCUGACCUGCACCCUGCUGAAGGAGGACUUUGGUCUGACCAUCGAGAUCCCUCUGGAGCGCCUCAUCCCCACCGUCCCCCUCCGCCUCAACUACAUCCACUGGGUGGAGGACCUCAUCGACGGCCAGAAGCAGCCGCGCAGGGGCAUCGACAUCGGCACUGGUGCAUCUUGUAUCUACCCCUUACUGGGAGCCACAAUGAACGGCUGGUACUUUCUGGCCACAGAGGUGGACGACAUCUGUUUUGACUACGCGACGAAAAACGUUGAGCAGAACAACAUGUCUGACCUCAUUAAAGUUGUCAAAGUCCCUCAGAAGACUCUCCUGAUGGACGCCUUGAAAGAAGAGACAGAAAUAGUGUACGACUUCUGCAUGUGCAACCCUCCUUUUUUUGCCAAUCAGCUUGAAGCAAAGGGGGUGAACUCCAGGAACUCACGGCGACCUCCGCCCAGCUCGGUGAACACAGGCGGGGUGACGGAGAUCAUGGCGGAGGGUGGGGAACUUGAGUUUGUAAAGAGGAUCAUUCACGACAGCCUGCAGCUCAAGAAACGCUUGCGGUGGUACAGCUGCAUGUUGGGGAAGAAAUGUAGCUUGGCACCUUUGAAAGAGGAGCUGAGGAAGCAAGGGGUACCUAAAGUAACACACACGGAGUUCUGCCAGGGACGGACGAUGCGCUGGGCGCUGGCUUGGAGUUUCUAUGAUGACGUGAUUGUUCCGUCUCCUCCCAGUAAGAAGCGUAAACUGGAGAAGGUGAAGAAGCCGCUGUCGUUCACGCUUCCAGCGGCGGGACUGAAGGAGCUGCAGGCCAAAGCCUUGGCUUUAGGCGGUGCUGCCGCCCGCGGCCCCGUGGACAGCAUCGCUGCUCUGCUGAUGAAAACACUCGGUGACCUGCGGGUGCUGCACAAGCGCGUCCCGUGCAGAAAGCAGGAGCAGAGCCUCUUUCUAACAGCUGUGGAGAACACCUGGAUCCACGGACGACAGAAGCGGCGCGAAGGGUCGCGUCACUUGCGAGAGCUUCCCAGAGCGCCUCACUGUGCUGGAACCAGCUCUCAAACCACUCUGGCUGCUGCUGCUGCUGCUGCUGCAACAACAACACCAGCAUCUCAGAACCAGUCUGCCUCCACACGAAAGAGCAAAAGCCAGGAUGAGAGCGCUCCAAGCAUAACGACGUCCGCACAAGAGCCAGCUGGUCAGCAGAUUGAAAAUGGAGCCCCUUCAAAUGAGACGAGGGAAGAUGUAACACGUGACCCGACAGCAGAACAGAAAGAGGUCUCAGGAAACUUCCCGGGGGAAGAUGUGGACGUGACGUCUUCUACCUGCACAGACGCAGGGCAGGAAACGGUCCCACAGGAAACACCUGCUGCAGAGGGGGAGCCGCCCGCUAAGAGACCCCCGAGCCCGGCUGCAGUCCAGCACUUCCUGUUUAAGUGUCUGCUGAACGUGAUGCUCGAGGAGAGCGAUGUAGUGAUUGAGAUGCACUGGGUCGAAGGUCAGAGCAAAGACCUGAUGAACCAGCUGUGCACGUACCUGAAGAACACCCUGUUACGGUCUGUCGCUAAGCCCUAAAGGAGCAGAAAUAUUAUCUUUAUUGAUUAUUGACUUCUGGAGAUGUAUAUUCCAGUUGAUAAUCAGUAGCUUACACAAUGUCCUUGUACUUGGUCCAUUUACCUUUUCAGGUAGUACAUACUGUAUAUUGGUGUUUUGUGCUCGGAUUUUUUUAAACAUUUGCAAUAAAUGUGUAAAUUUUCUAACAUGUUUUCUAAUUCAUUGUGCAGCUUUUAUACAGUGUUUUUUUUAUGAUGCAGUACAUUUAAAUGGCCACUAGAGCACAGUGUUUGCUUUUCUUCUAAAAGGGACGAUAUUCCUGUCAUGAUCUUUUGUAUUAAGAUUAAAUCCUUUUAUUGCUUUAUGAGAAGUUUACUCUGUGAAUGGCUUUAGAAGUUGAUCCCAGUAUUUCUUGACGGUCUUAAAACAGCCUGUUUGAUUCAGGAUGUCCCUGGAGCCCCUCAGUCCUUGCUGUGCCUGGAGAACCUUUAGUAUCGUGGGCCACUAUUAGUACUCUGUUGUAGGGAACGUACUUCCUCACCAGAGCUGAGUGAAUAACAGGAAAAGACAACUAAAUAUCCAGGGCCAUUGUGUGUUGCAAGCAGCAGCCUAGUUCCUACUCGUACUACAUGACCCUCGGUUAUAUCAGGAGUUUGUGUGUGUGUGUGUGUGUGUGUGUGUCUCAAUAGUCUGGCUAUUCCUGGGCCAUUUUGGGCUGAAAUAAUAGAUAAUCCAGCCCCUCAAAUGUGAGAAUGUUCUGCUUUUGUUGUUUUAAUCUUUCACAGCAUUGUACACUGACUAUAUUUUAGGUUUUUGACUGGACCAAAAAAAAAAAGGAAUUUGAGGAUGUUUAUUUAUCUACUUAUCUAUAUUUGUAUUCCCAGACCAAAUACUGUAUAUCUUGAUUAUUUUAGACUAUCAUACAUUUUAUAACAAUGAAGUUGCAGUUAUUGCCUUAAUAUCCUGCCCUAUGGUGAGAGAAGUACUCACUUAUUUUACUUUAGUAAAAUUAGCUAUACCACAGUGUAUAAAUACUCUGUUACAAGUGACAGCCGUGCAUACAAUUGUAAGUAAAAGUACCAUAGUAUAAGUGACAAAAGUAAUA